AUGGCUUAUCAGCAAACUACGAGUCAUACCGAAACCCUCUUCCCUAGUCAUUCGGCAUCCAACAUGUAUGCUCAGGCUCAACUUCGCACUCCACGCGACCCUCAGGGCCACGGAUCUUCAUUCGCUCAUGCAUCAGCCCCUGGUGCACAUACCGAGAGCAACCCCAUGGGUGCUAUCAUAAAUCAGUUCGCUGGUCUUGCUCUCCCCGGUGCCAACAUGGCCGCCGCUCAGUUCCCUCUCGGUGGUCAGGUGCAGUAUUAUGUUACCCCGGAUGGCCAAUUUUUGAUGGCUCCUACCGGCAUGUAUUCUUCUCAGGCAAUGUCGGGUGCCCAGCUUCCAGAAGCCUCUUACAGUCCUUACGGUGCUGCUUUGCCCUACCUCGCCCAAGCCGCGUAUCCUGGAUAUCUCACAGGCUACCCGAUGCUGCCUUACACUACCGCUCGUGCUGGUCAUUAUCCCGAUCAUUCUGAUCACCACAAGGAGGUUCCCGGUCUCGAUAAUCGCCGUGGCUCUUAUUCUACUAAUGAAUCCGCCCCAAGCACCCCUUUCUAUAGCUCAGUUUCUCAGCGUGAGCAGACAACCCAUAUUGCUGCAGUUGACCGAUCUCCGUUUGGAUCCACCCCGUCGCCACAACAGCUUCAUGCCCAGCAUGCUGGCCAUCAAACCGUCAAAGGCCUUCCUUAUAAGACCGUCCCAAUCAAUAUUGAUCUUGAUGCGUUGCUUGUACAGCACCCUGCAAUCCCCCGGGCCGUUCCCGCGGUCUUCACCCCACGUGAGAGCCUGCGAACUCUCGAUCAGAGCUUGUCCAACCCAAUUCCUGGCAAUCGCAAUGUCUAUAUCCGUGGCCUCCAUCCAAAUACUGAUGAUGAGACCAUUGCUGCAUAUGCUGCCCGUUUCGGAAGAGUCGAGACGUCCAAGGCAAUCAUUGAUACCUCAACUGGAGCAUGCAAAGGAUUUGGUUUCGCAAAAUACGCCAACAUCCGCGAUUCGGAGCUUUGCAUUCGCGGUUUCUAUAAGUUGGGUUACGAAGUUGGUUUUGCUCGGGAAUCUUUCAAUUCUCGUCUUAAGGCUGAGGGUGAUGAAAAUUCAACCAACCUUUAUGUUUCCAACCUUCCGAUGAACAUGACCGAGUCUGAACUUGGCGCUAUCUUUAUGGAUUAUAAUGUCGUCUCGAGUAGAAUCCUCCGAGAUUCGAACAAGAAUAGUCGUGGUGUCGGCUUUGCUAGGUUCGACUGUCGCGAAGUUUGCCAUGAGAUCAUUAAGAAGUUCCACGGCCAGCCAAUUGGUGAGGAGGGCCUCCUUCUUCAGGUUCGCUUUGCCGAUACCCCUGGCCAAAAGGAUCUGAAGCGAAUCACAACAGAGCGUCGACAGUUCCGAACCAACGAGUACAAUGUCGGCGCCUAUGGUGCGCCUAAUGGCCUUCCUAUCUCUCCACCGGUGCCCUCACCUGUUCUUCCGCGUACAUCCAUGGUUACCUAUCAUGUCCCGAAGUCUCGCGCCGGCAGUUCUUGGAAACGAGAGGCUUCUAGCAGUUCGACUUCUACUAGUGCUCCUAUUUUCAAGCACAUGGAUCGUCAGGUGAGGGCCUCCUUGACUGAGCCCACCCCCAACAAAUCCAAGAACAUUAAAAGCACCCCAUCCGUAUCGGAGACCAGUUCAGCUUCUGGCGGAACUCCUGUUCGUGGCGAUGCUCCAUCUGUCGUCCGCGGCGGCUCUGUAUCCCCUACAGCUCGCAAGUCUUAA